CAUUUAACCGUACAUCAUCACUAACCCAUUAUUCUAAUAAUAUCUGAAAUAAAAUAACAAAAAAAAAUACAUUUGAAUUUAAAUUUAAAUGUAUAGAUAUUAUAUAAUUUAAAUUGAAUUUCGUAGACUUAAAUUUAAAUUUAAUACGAUUGAAAUCUUAAACGUCGGUCUACUAAUAUAUAAAAGGCAGCGUACACCAUCACUAACCCAUAAUUCUAAUUUUCUCUUCGGUUGUUUCUUCUUCUUCUUCGUUUCGUUUUCUUUCUUCGAAAAGUUUACAGAUUGCAUUAGAUUCGUUCUUUGAUAUUGAUCCGUGAAGAAAUCAUAAAUGGCUCGUACGAAGCAAACUGCUCGCAAAUCCACUGGUGGAAAGGCUCCCAGGAAGCAGCUUGCGACGAAGGCUGCAAGGAAAUGGGCUCCGAAUACUGGUGGAGUUAAGAAGCCGCAUCGUUAUCGUGCAGGAACAGUUGCCCUUCGUGAAAUUAGGAGGUACCAGAAGAGCACUGAGCUUUUGAUCCGGAAAUUGCCAUUCCAGCGCCUUGUUCGUGAGAUCGCUCAGGACUUUAAGAUUAAUAUGAGGUUCCAGAGCCACGCGGUUCUUGCCCUACAAGAGGCAGCAGAAGCUUAUUUGGUGGGUCUGUUCGAGGACACAAAUCUGUGUGCCAUUCAUGCCAAGAGGGUCACUAUUAUGCCCAAGGACAUUCAAUUGGCGCGUCGUAUUCGCGGUGAACGUGCUUAACAGUGGCCCAAGGAUUUAUAGUUUUUAGGAAUUACCUAUUUACUUUAUAAAUUUAAUUGUUUUUUUUUUGGACCAUUAAAUUAAGAGUGUUUUUAUUUGACACUCUAAAUACUUAUUAAAUUCAACUAAGUAGAAUCCGAUAUUGAAUUGCACCAAUAAUAAUAUGCCACCUGCUUGUAAUGUUGGACAGCAAUUCUCUUAAAUUAAUGGCAAUUAGAUGCAUAAAUACUCGUUAAAAUUCCAAAGAGUUAGAUUU